AUGAGUGUUCGAGAGCGCAUGCGUGCAUACGAGAACACAUCGAGGAAAUUUGGUCGUAACGAAGAACGGGAAGAACGACCCGCGCUUCCCCAACGCCCCUCAGCGCGCCCAGAUGCAGCCAAGAAAGAUUCCAUAUCUUUCGCAAUACAAGACAAGCAACGACCUAUCAUUCCACCCAAAGCCAAGUCGCUGAGCGGCAAGCUAGUCACGCUGCCAAGAUCGAAUGCAUUGGGAAGGCACGAGCUUGAUAGAGAUGCGAAUGAGCCAUUGAUCACACUCUCGGAUAACACCAAUGACGGCAACGAGCAUGAAUGCCGGCCAUCCUUACCGGCUCGCAAGAGCACGAGCCGUCUACUCACGGAGGACGCAUCCAUCGAUGGCGCGGGCAGCAGACCACCUCUGGUAUUCAGGACAUUGACUGGUGGCUUACAACAAGCUGCCUCCUUUGUCCAACGAGAAGUGCCCAAAGCUGCUCGGAGCGCCACGAAUGGUGCACAGAACACCCUCGACCAGAUUCAACGGCAAACGCCCGGAGUAUUCCAGCAAGCUGGGCAGAACAUAUCAAAAGCUUUCGAAGAAGUCCACUCAGGCAUCACGAAAGUCGUCAACGACAUCCCCGUACCAAAAGCCUUCACCCAGACCGCAGAAGAUCUUUCCGACUUAUCGAGACUCCAGCUCGGGAAACCCGGUCUAUGUAGCCGAUGCGCCAUGCUCGACCUCACUAGCUGCUUCACCAGUAACGCCGACAACACCAAAGACCCAUACGUCUGCUGGACAUCCCCCCUCUCCCGAGUAGCACUCCACUAUCCAUGGUGCGUAAUCUGCCGACUCCUCGUCUCCAUGCUCUCACGAACCGAGAACGAUCCACUAUCAGCAGGCAACAUACGACAGCACAUCGAGCAAGAACACCUCAGGAACCUCCCCUUCCGCGACUGGAUCUCACAAGGCCACAUCCACCAAGACGCAAGCUGGCCCUUUGGCAAAAGCGAAGACAGGCACGAAGGCGCCACCCAAGUUGUCGGACCGGCAUCCGAAUACCUCCUCGGUGUAGCGAAGCGAACUCGGCAUGUAGGCUAUAAAGUCCUGAUCCGAUCCGCCGCGGGGAGACCUAUAGUACUACAGCGAAAAGACUUGAGGCAGACUGGUGCGCAAAGAUACAGAGCCGGUGUCGAGCGAGGUAGAGAGAAAUCCCGACAAUUCCCCGCCAGUGCCACGAUCAUAAUCACUGUCUCGAAAUCUGGCGCCGAGAAGCCAGGUCUCAUGUGGGUAGAUCUUUUCGCUUCGAGCAAUAAACUAGGAGCGGAGCAGGAGGUAGUGAGCCACUUCAUGCUUCGCGCAGUGAAGAACGGCAUCUCAGUCCAUAACAAUCCCGAGGUAGGAUUGUCCUACGGCCAUGUGCUGGACAAGCACUGGAUCGAUGUGGAGAUGGCGAAGCUGUGGUUGAAAACGUGCGAGAUGCAUCAUAGUCCUCACUGCAGUGAGCACGGCUGGGCGCUGGCACUGGACAAGCCCAGAUUCCUUCGAGUUAUCGAUGUGGAACGCCUACAAGUUCUCCGAGUCCCAGAUCCGCGGGAAUGUCGGUUCGUCGCGCUCAGCUAUGUAUGGGGCGGUGCGGGGAUGCUGAAGCUGCGGUACACGAAUCUCGAGGAGCUUUCAAGACCAUUUGGGCUAAGGGGAUACCUCGACAGCUUACCGCGGACUAUAUUGAGCGCAAUGCAAGUUGUCAAAGCCAUGGGUGAGCGGUACUUAUGGGUGGAUGCUUUAUGCAUACUACAGGAGCCAUGCACGGAGUCUCAGGCACAGAUUGAUCAGAUGGACUCGGUGUAUGGGUCUGCAUUGUGCACCAUUACUGCGGCUGCCGGCACGCACGCCGAUGCUGGAUUUGCGGGCGUGAGGAUAGAGGUCAGUGGGAGUGGUGUCGACAGCAGAUCUAAUUCGUCCAGACAAGUGGUACAGCUGACAGCUCCCGCCAAAAACAACAUCACUAUCAUCGCGCCAUCCCAGCCCGAGACUACACAACCACUUCCGCCAGGGACUUCAACAUGGCAGGCUCGAGCCUGGACCUUUCAGGAGAAACUGCUCUCUCGUCGGCUACUUUUCUUCUCCGACAACGAGAUGACAUGGCACUGCCGCGGCAUGAUCGCGAAAGAAGACAUGCUCGCUCAGGACUGCGGCUACGAAACUCCGGAGCUCGACUGGCUGGCCUUGAAACCUCAGCAUCUCGGUGUCGGCGUGGACACACACUGGAAAGACGGCAGUUUCGAGAUCACUCGUCAUGGUCGUACACACCUCGUGCGUUCGGCCACCUUUAGCGAAUAUGCACGUGUAGUGGCGCAGUAUACUCAGCGAAGUAUGUCCUACGAAAGUGAUGCAGUGAAUGCGCUUGCUGGGUUACUACGCAUCUUCUCAAAAGCGUUCGAGUCGCCUUGCUUAUAUGGUCUUCCAACGGUCUUGCUCGAUGUCGCUCUUAUGUGGCGGCCCGUGGAGUCAGUAACGAGACGUGAUGCACAGCUUGGUUUUCCUUCCUGGUCCUGGGCUGGAUGGAGAGGGAGGGUGAAGUACGCUGAUCUGAUAUCGAUCCGACGGGAUGAGGCCGGUCAGUUCAUCUCGAUCGAAGGCGUUCGACCUCUGCUGCGCUACUUCGUGUUUGAUGCGCACGUCAGCAAUCGCCAUCUCAUCUUCUGGGCGAGCUGGUCAGAUCGGUAUCACUUAUCCGCGGUAGGCGAGGAGCUGAAUAUCCUUGACGCCGAGCAGCAUGUCGUGGGUGUCGCAGCACUUGACAGCCACGAAGACAGGAGUAUUUCAAUCGGCAUGAAUAAGAUCCAGGUCUUCGUGGUGAACGAAGCACACUCUUCCUCCUUGGCUCCUGGUAGCUCAGACGAUGCUUUUCCUGCUUAUACUGUCAUGUUGGUCGAGACUGACGCCCGGACUGGAGUAUCCAACCGUAAGGGCUUGGGAUGGGUGUCGAAAGCGGCAUGGCUAGCAGGUCAGUGUGAGGACAAACUAAUAUAUCUUGGCUGA